AUGCGAGCGCUUGUUUCAAGAUUUGUAAAGGCUGCCUCCUAUUUCAGGUGCUCCAGCACUGAAUUGACCCCGAGACUUGCAAAAAUUACUCCCUAUCUCAGACCCUUCAGCACUGGACUAUCCCCGAGAUACUAUAGUCCCCUGUCAAGAGUCACCACGCCACAUUCCCUUCUUCCUCUGCGACAGUUGCCCACGUCAGGUUUCGUUACUCUUGACCCAAAUGAGGAGAUUGAAGAAGAACAGCUUGAUGAAUAUGAGGCAAUGAACUAUUAUCCGGUGUGCCUUGGUGAAAUCUUCAAAUCCAAAUACCAAGUUGUUUCUAAACUUGGUUAUUCGGAGACCUCUACCACUUGGCUUUGUCGGGAUCUCAUACAUGGCUUCAAAGUUUUGAAAGUCUUUGUUCUUACCGAGGACGUUUGUUGGGACUUUACUGAAGAGGUUGAAGUUGCCCAGCACCUCCAAGGCAUCCAGAGGCGGAUUGGCCAUUCUCACCCGCAUGAGAACUACCUGAGCUCGCUUGACCUUGCUGAGGAGUCAUUCAAAAUCCUUGGCCCCAGCGGAAAUCACACCUGUUUAGUCUUUUGA